AUGGGGUUUGGGGCUGGGUCCGUGGGACUGUUUCUGGGGGAUGAGUCUGAGGGAAGAACAGGAGACAAGGGUAAGGAGAAUGCAGAAGACAAAAGGGUGCUGCAGUCAGACUGGCAGCUGCACCUUAUGACCCUCAUGAGCUUCUCAGGAACAGGAGGAAGGACUUCAACAUGGCAGUCCCUGCAAUGGGUGUUUCGUGGAUCCAGCAGCACAUUGAAGAGGGAAUAUUUUUACACCAUUCCCAGCCACUCAAUGGCUCCGCAAGUUUCCGAGGCAGAUUUUUUUUUUUUCUCCAGACAAGCUUCCUCCAGACUUCUUAGCCUCAGACCUCUGAGCUGCUCUGCCUCCUCGCUCAGUCAGGGCCAUCCGAUACCUGCAGACCCUGAAAAAGGAAAGGACCAACAGUGCCUCAGCAUGAAAGCCUUGGCCAAUGUAUCCAAGUCUGCAUUGUACCUCGGCUUCUCUGGUCUCCUUCCCUUCCUGGGUACCCCCCUUCUAAUGUCUGUUACCCAGUCUUACCUACCUGAAGUGGCUUAUGCCCAAAUGGUCUAUGGGGCCUCCAUUUUGUCCUUCCUGGGUGGCUUUGCCUUGCCUGAGGGGAGCCCUGCCCACACUGACUGGAUGAACCUCAGCAAUAGUGUGGUGCCCUCCCUGCUGGCCUGGAUGGCUUUGCUCUGCAGGGACAACAUUGCAGAGGGAGCUCUAAUUGUUAACAGGGGGGUGGUCCUGGCCCUGCACUACGAUAUCACCUUGUUGCCUGGAUACCCAAGCUGGUUCAAAGCCAUUAGGACCAUACUGACUCUGGUGGUAACCUUCUCCCUGGUGGCCACACUGACCCUGAAGGAGAAGAGGGUCAAGGCAGAAGAGCAUUGA